CCCCCCCCCCACACACACACACACAUACACUACACAAGGCCACACAGGGACUCAAACCUCAUUAAACUCAUACGGAACUGUCACAUCCUUGUAUCUGGUCUCUGCAAGCCGCCCUGUAAUUUUUAUCUCAAGACUGGAGAUUGUGUAAACUGCAAGCUUGCGCGUGAGUAUUCCUGUGUCCCACCAACGAACUAACGCUGAAGAUGGAUGUUCACUUUUCCAUUGGUAGUAUCCUGCCAAUUGUCCUUCAAUCGCUCUUGUUGUCAUCUUCAUAUGGUUCGUUGGAGCCCUUCGACCUUUUAUACAACAAUGCCGUCGAAGCGUUUUACAGAAGUGAAUAUGAAGAUGUUGUCCGAUUCAUGGAGGGAGCACUCAGCAGCUACGCAGAGGUCCGCCAAUCGAAAGUCCGAUGUCGGAUAGGAUGCCAAGACCAGCACCGGUUUGAUUCCGUUUCCACGGACCUUCAGUUCUUUGACGUGGUUCUGAAAAGAGCCAGUUGUCAGAAUGAGUGUAUCGAAGAGAAAGUUGGAACACAGUCCAUGCACAAAGUCAGUGAGGAUGUCAUCCAGGAUUUCAACAGACGAAUCCCGUACAACUAUCUUCAGUUGGCUUAUCAGAAGCUGAAGCAUUCGGACAAGGCAGCAGCCGCUGCCCACACCUAUUUCCAGGCCAACCCAGAGCACGUGGAGAUGGAUCAGAACCUGGAGCAGUACAAGGCCCUGGAGGGGACCGACCUGGACCACUUUGUGGACCGAGAGGCCCGACCGCAUCAGAGGUCCUUCUCAGCGGGGGUGAAGCUGUAUGACAGUGGAGACUAUGAGGGGGCCAUUGCCAUGUUUGAAGAGGCCCUCCAGGAGUACUACAAAGCUGACGUGGAGUGUCGGGCCCUUUGCCUAGGCCCCCAGAGGUUUGAGGAGCAGGACCACCUCCUCUACCGCUACAGCCUCUCAGAACUGAUCUCAGACCAUUUCACCCAGGUGCUGUACUGUGAACACGAGUGUGUGAGGGACCUGGCAGUCCGGCCCGGACGCCUGUCCCCCAUGGAGAACUACCUCCCACUGCACUACGACUACCUGCAGUUCGCUUACUUCCAGAUGAACAUGCUGGAGCAGGCUCUGGAGUGUGCCCAGUCUUACCUUCUGUUCCACGAAGCCGACGACUUCAUGACUGACAAUGUGGAGUAUUACCAAGAGACUCUGGGUCGUGACCUCAGACCCCGGGAGAAUGCUGAGUGGUACCUGAGGCGCCACAAGCUGGAGACGGAGCUUCUGGUGAUUGGCAGCGAGAACCUUCGAGUUGAGUUCACAGAGGGGCAUUACUGGACCAGUACAGGCGGCAGAGAGGAUUCUAACCGGAUUCCCUCUGGUACAAAUGGAUGGAUGGAGUAUGUUCCGAUCUCAGAGAAGAAGAAUAUCUCCCUGUUCCCCCCACAGCAACUCAGGGAAGGAGGCCCUCUGGUUUAUGAUAAUGUUCAGUUGGUGCAGGACUCUUUGGCCCUGAACGGCAGUCAGAGGGUUCUCCUGGAUAAUGUCUUAACUGUGGAGGAGUGUGCUGAGCUGAAGCACCUGGCCCACACCGUGACCAUGGCUGGAGAUGGUUACAGAGGGAAGACAUCUCCUCAUACGCCCAAUGAGAGAUUUGAGGGAGCCACGGUGCUAAAAGCGCUGCAGUAUGGAUAUGAGGGCCGUGUCCCCCUAAAAAGUGCUCGUCUGUUCUACGAUGUCAGUGAGAGGGCCAGGCGUGUCAUUGAGUCUUAUUUCCUACUUAACUCAACACUCCAUUUCUCCUAUACACACCUGGUGUGUCGAACAGCAAUCACAGGGCAACAAGAUCAUAGGAAUGACUUGAGUCAUCCUAUCCAUGCUGAUAACUGUCUGUUAGACCCAGAGGCCAACGAGUGCUGGAAAGAACCACCAGCAUAUACCUACAGAGACUACAGUGCUCUGCUCUAUCUAAAUGGAGAUUUUGAAGGAGGUGAAUUCAUCUUCACGGAAAUGGAUGCCAAAACAGUCACAGCGCAGGUGAAGCCAAAGUGUGGUCGCAUGGUGGGCUUCUCAUCCGGAGGGGAGAAUCCUCAUGGUGUGAGGGCCGUCACCAGGGGGCAGAGGUGUGCUGUUGCCAUGUGGUUCACUCUGGAUCCCCUCUUUAGAGAGCUGGAGCGCCUGCAGGCGGAUGAGGUGAUCCAGGCAUUGGACAACCAGAGCAGCCAAUCACACUGGGACACAAGCCUCAACAUUAACCCCAAGGAUGAGCUGUAGUAGCCAGCCACACAUCCUGCCCAAAUCAAACACCCCUCCUUAAGUCUUUAUAUCAAUCUAUUUAUUUGAUGACAUUUGGUUCAAAAACAUUUUAUUUUUGUACUAUUUGAAGUGCAAGGUUAUAUUGUUGUUUUUGUUGUCGUUAGUCUUUUUUUGUUGUUUACGUGAUUGUGUGUGAUGUUUAUUCCUGUACAUAUCAGUACUUGAGUUCACAAUUCAGUCAUUCUUAAUAUUGGCUCUCUUUCUGUUUGGGCUGAAACGCAAUCGUUGUGCAUCACACUUUAAAGGUCCAUUUAAGUUUCAGGUGACUUUAAAGAGACUGUUCACUUUCUGAUGACUUUAAAGAGACUGUUCACUUUCUGAUGACUUUAAAUAGACUGUUCACUUUCUGAUGACUUUGAAGAAACUUUUCACUUUCUGAAGAUUUUAAAGAAACAGUUCACAUUCUGAUGACUUUAAAUAGACUGUUCACUUUCUGAUUACUUUGAAGAAACUGUUCACUUUCUGAAUGCCUUUAAAGAGACUGUUCACUUUCUGAUGACUUUGAAGAAACUGUUCACUUUCUGAAUGCCUUUAAAGAGACUGUUCACUUUCAGAUGAAUUUAAAGAGACUGUUCACUUUCUGAUGACUUUGAAGAAACUGUUCACUUUCUGAUGACUUUAAAUAGACUGUUCACUUUCUGAAUGUCUUUAAAGAGACUGUAAACUUUUGAAUGAAUUGUAAGAAACUGUUCACUUUGUGAUGACUUUAAAGAGACUGUUCACUUUCUGGUAAUUUUUAAGGUCCUGAUUACAUUCAGAUGAUUAUGAAGUUCCUGGUGACUCUCUAAUGACAUAGUGUGGCAGGUUGUGAUGAAUAAAAGACCUGUAAUGCAUACAGUUCUUACUGCACUGUAAAUAACUGAAACAACGUCAGUUUAUAGAAAGAAAACUGUGUUGGUAAUGACACAAUCAGAAGUUGGAUUCUUAAAAAAAUAUAGUAAAUAUGUUUUAUCUAUUUAUUCUUUGACACAUUAGCUUGAACAUCUGCAGAGAGAAUGUUGGUGGGCAUAUUUUUCUUUUACAAAUAGGGAACUAUAAUCAUUUUCAGUGAUAAUAAUGGUUGAUCUUAUCCAUCAUUCACAUUUGACCUGCUUUUUCUUCUUGUUUGUAGUGUGAUAAAGGGAGAUCAUAAUUCACAGCCCCCUCAGCUCUGGCCAGUGGUUGUGGUAAUCUGUCGCUACUCUUACUAACACCAUGGACCAGAUCAGUCCUUCUAAUGGAAUCAAACAGCACGAGACAAAUGUUUACAAGUUGGCUGACUCAAGGGCAAGGUGUGUGUUAGUGCAUUAUUUGUGAUAUGAUAGACAGCUGCUAUUGCAAUUGUCUGUAUUUGAUAUUAGAUCCUUUUUAAUAAGAGGUAAUUUAUUCCUGUUUAAAGGAAUUCUUAUUUUAAUAUGGUGUCUCGGUGUCCUUUCCUUUUAAAACGUCCUCAUUUCCUGGGUCAAAGAAGAUAGGCAGGCACACUGUUAUAGUCCAAUGAAAACAGAGUGCACCGUGUACUGUGAUAUUUCGUCGUGUACUGUGAUGUUUCAUUGUGUACUGUGAUAUUUCAUUAUAAAACUGCUGACUACAUGGAACUUAAGAAGUUAAAGACCACAGCUUUAUCUUUUGAUAGGGAGGAUGGCCACUUCCUUUUUUUUCACUACAUUUUAAAUGAUUUGUUGUAACACAGAUGUAUCCAUCUCUUUUGUAAUGUGUACUUAUAAAUUAAAAAUAUUACGUAAAACAUUAAA